AUGUCCUCCCAGACGAGCACGGCAUCCUCCACCCCGUCCAGCGUGUCAUUUGGCAGCGUUUUUGGAUCGGUUGAGAAGAUUGCUAGCUGGCAGGAUAUUGGAUAUUCUACAAGGUAUGUGUUGGGACUGAAUGUGGGUUGUUUGAUUGCCUUUAUGGUGCGGUUGAAGCCGUUGAGCACAUUCCUCUUUCUCUGUGGUUUUGCUUCGAUUGCUGGAUUCGCCCUGACUCGAGUGUUGGGAUGGAAAGAAGAUGUGAAUGGUGCAGCUAUCCUUAUAUCGGAGGCUCAGUCGCAGAAGAUCUCAGAGUCACUGCAGCAAUCGAUGAAUUACGUUUAUAAGGCUGCUCGACAUGUGUUCUACUGGGCCGAUAAGAGGUACUCUGCUACCGUCACGGCAGUGUGCUUCGUUACUUCAUAUCUUAUGACCAUCUUCUCGCUGCCAGUUGUGACGCUGCUAUUGGCGGAUGGCUACCUUCUACAGAAGCCGGCUAUCGAGCUGUACCAGAAACAUGGUAAGGCCAUCCUUCAGCCGUACCUUGAUCAAGGGCUGGACAAAGUGCAAUCAAUGCACAAAAAAAUGCCAUCUGUCCAAGACAUAAUCACACUACUGGCCAGCUCAGGGAAGAACAAGAAGAUUUAA